ACUGGUUCCACGUCGCCUCGUGGCGCGCGAAACUCACAAGGCCAGCACCACCACCGGUUGCGGCUCCCGUCGCUCCCCUUCCCUCUAGACCUAGCGGCGGCCGGCGGCCACCUCCGCUUCUCCCCUGCCCCUUCCCCUCCAAUCUCCGCCGAAGACCGCAAGGAAGAGGGGUCCUGCUGCUUCUCCAGCAAUGCGGACCAGGGGCCAGACCCACCGCGAGGCCAAACCCCCACCGGCUUCGUCCCCUGCCUCCUUAGGAGGAGGGGAGGUUGCAGCUAGCGGCGCCAAUCGCCGGAAAGCUUCGUCCUCUGCGAAAGGGAAAUCCCCCGCCGCCAAAGGGAAGUCCCCCGCCGCCAUGGUGGAAUUGGAAUCCUCAUCGGGGCUUAAACACAAAAAAGGUAAAGUCAAUACGAAGUGGAAUGAUGAAUCUGGUAUGAAAAGGUGCAGUGCAGGGAGUUCUGAAAAGAAAUUUUUGGAAAAGAAAGAGCCAGAGGCAAUUGGUGACAGCGAUGCAGCUGGCAUGGAUUGGGAAGAAGGGCAUGUCUCUGUGGUAGAACGUGAACAGGGUUAUUCCCAUGAUCUUGGAGAGACUGUCACUGUUGAGUUCACUGAUGUACCUUCUUCCACUGAGAAGAGAACUGUUCGAAGGCAUACUGCUGAAGAAAAGGAGUUGGCUGAACUCAUGCACAAGGUCCAUUUGCUUUGCCUGCUAGCAAGGGGUAGAGUAAUUGACAAGGCUUGCAAUGAUCCUCUCAUUCAGGCUUCAAUUCUCUCUGUUUUACCAAACCACUUACUGCUGAAUGGUGUAGACAUUGCAAAACUGGACGCUAAUAACCUGCGUAGUCUUGUGAGCUGGUUCCAUCAUACUUUCAGUGUAAUUGCACAAUCUACUGAGCGGAGAUCUUUCGAAUCAAAUAUGGCUUUCGCUCUUCAAAGUCAUGUAGGCACUGCUGAAGAGGUUUGUGCACUAUCAGUGGCACUGUUUAGGGCUCUCAACCUGACUGCGAGGUUUGUUACAAAUAUGGAUGUUGUUGGACUCAAGCCUGAUGCUAAAGGGAUGGGGACGCCAAAUCAAGAUGGGCCUAGGCUUUCUACAAGGGCACUACCAUCUAGUUCUGUUGCAGGCCAUGAGGAGUUUAAUACUCUUUCUCCGGCUCGAUCACAAGAUAAUACCAAACGUGGCAUCAGUAUGGCUAAGCAACAAUGUAAUCUUGGCAAUUUGAAAAGAACAUCAGCCUGCAGGAGAAGUUUGUCUAAAAACUUAUCAAAUUGCAAUGCAGCUGAUGGAAGUAGCUUUGCAUCAACAUCAAACGGUGAAUCAUCCAGAAGCCCAUGCCCUCUCACUCCCAGUACUGCUGAAAUGAAAAAACGGAGAGGGGAUGUAGAAUUUGAGUUGCAACUGGAAAUGGCCCUUUCAGCCACUGCGGCUGACAGUAAAGAAAACAAGCUUGCUACCACAUCAAGUCAGUCAACUGGUAGCUUACUAUAUUCUACUCCCCCGUUAAAGAAAUUGCGCAAAAAUGCAGAAGUUGAGUCCAACUCAAGCGCAGUUUGGUCAAGAAGUAGAGCACCAUUAUAUUGGGCUGAGGUAUACUGUGGUGGCCAGACAUCAACUGGACGAUGGUUGCAUGUUGAUGUUGUAAAUGAUAUUAUCGACGGUGAACGGAAAGUUGAAGCUGCUUCUGCUGUUUGCAGGAAGCCAUUGAGAUACGUUGUUGGCUUUGCUGGAGGUGGUGCUAAAGAUGUGACUAGAAGGUAUUGCUUGCAGUGGCACAGAAUUGUCCAGGGGAGAGUGAAUCCAGAAUGGUGGGAGAAUGUUUUGGCGCCGCUAGAGCAGCUCGAAUUGGCAGCAACAAAUGACUCUGAAGAGAUGGAACUUCAGACCAGGGCCCUAACAGAGCCUCUUCCAACCAAUCAACAGGCCUACAAAGACCAUCACCUGUAUGCUCUUGAGAAAUGGCUGCACAAGAACCAAGUUCUUCACCCAAAGGGUCCAGUGCUUGGCUUCUGUACAGGGCAUCCUGUUUAUCCUAGAUCUUGUGUUCAAACACUACAAUCAAGACAUGCAUGGUUGCGGGAGGGUCUUCAAGUCAGAGAAAACGAGUCACCUGCAAAGGUUGUGUCACGUCCAAAGAGGACUUUUAAUUCUCAAGCUCAUGAAUCCAAUAGUAAUGAAGAUGUACUUCAGCCAACAAUGGAAUUAUAUGGUAAAUGGCAACUCGAGCCGCUGCGACUUCCUUGUGCUGUAAAUGGCAUUGUGCCAAAGAAUGAGCGUGGCCAAGUUGAUGUAUGGUCAGAGAAGUGCCUUCCACCUGGUACAGUACACUUGAGGUUACCAAGAGUGUUCCAGAUUGCAAAGAGGCUUGGAAUUGACUAUGCUCCUGCCAUGGUUGGAUUUGAUUAUCGAGGCGGUCGGUGCAUUCCAGUUUUUGAUGGAAUUGUUGUCUGUGCUGAAUUUAAAAAUGCCAUCUUGGAGGCAUAUGGAGAAGAGGAAGAGCAGAGACAAGCUGCGGAAAGGAAGCAGGAGGAAACUCAGGCUCUCUCUAGGUGGUAUCAGCUGCUCUGUUCUAUUGCAACUAGACAGCGGUUGAAGGAUUCCUACAACGCACGGUCAGCAGGGCUUGCUCCAGGGAGACCUGCUGAAAUUGAUAAUCAGCAGAAAAGCACCGGUGAUAGCCGAUGCUUGAAGGCGACCACUCAUCCAAGCAAACCGCAGGCAGAUCAACCUCCAAAUCCUUCUUUUGCUGCUGACGACCAUGAGCAUGAGUUUCCGGAGGAAGAUCAGAGCUUUGACGAAGAGACUUUUGUGCGGACAAAACGCUGCCCAUGUGGUUUUGUAAUCCAAGUUGAGGAAAUGUAGCAUCUUCUUGGAGAAAGAAAUACCUAGGUUGACCAUGUAGCGUAUUGCCUUUUUUGGGUCCAAUUGGAACCUUGAUAUUUUGAUGACUAGUUCUGGAGUUGCAGUUUCUCCCAUAAUAGAAGUAUGCAGCUCCUGUUUGCUGCUUAUCAUGCAUUUGUCUACAGAGCAGUGCUGACUCUAUGGGUACACUAUAGUUGAGCUCUAGUUUUAUACGGUUA